AUGGUUCUCCAAAGGUUGUUCGAUAUUAUACUUACCUUGGCAAAAAGUUCUUUGGCUUUAAGGGGGCAUCGAGAGGAUUUAAGUCAGGAAGGAUACCACGGAAAUUUUUUGUCUGUGGUACAGCUUGUCGCCAGGUAUGAUAGCAUAUUACGUCAAGUUUUGGAUUUGCCCAAAGGAGCAACAAGAUAUCUAAGUCCGAAAAUUCAAAAUGAAAUGAUCGAAUGUUUGGGGAUGACACUUGAGGAUCAUCUUCUUGAAAAAAUUAGAGCAUCACCAUUUUUUUCUGUCAUCAUGGAUACCGCACAGGACAUUUCGAAAGUCGAUCAGCUAAGCAUUAUUGUGAGAUACGCAGUGAUAACCAGAUCGGAAAAUAGAGAGCCAGUCGAUACAGAAAUUAGAGAAGUAUUUCUAGGCUUGUAUGCAGUCACUAAACAUGGUGCAGCAGAUUUGGUAAACCAAGUAACUGAAUUAUUUGCUGAAAAAAGUAUUGAUAUGAAAAAGUGUGUGGGUCCAGGUUACGACGGAGCCAGUGUUAUGAGUGGUAUGUAUAAUGGUGUACAAAAACGUAUAAAGGACAUUCAGCCCAAUGCGGAGUAUGUACACUGUGCUAGUCACAACUUAAAUUUGGUGAUAAAUGAUUCUGUUAGUGGUUGCGUAGAAGUACAUAAUUUUUUCUCCACGAUACAAGAAAUGUAUACAUUUUUCGGAGGCAGCAUUAAGCGUUGUGAUUUACUAUCACAAUUUACCGGUGAAUCAGAAAUUACUCUAAAAAAAUUAAAUCCAACAAGAUGGUCGAGUAGAGUUAAUACUAUAUCUGCAGUAAAACUUAGGUUUUUUGAUAUAAUCAAAGCAUUAUCAGAAAUAGCCCUUAAAAGUCGUGAUAAAGAUGAGCGCAAUGAUGCUAACAGUAUAAAGACAAAAAUGCUUGAUUUUGAAUUUGUGUUUCUUUGCAAAUUUAUGCACCAUGAUUUGAACGAGGCAAAUAAAGCUUUAGUAGAGAUUGAAAAAAAAUUAAAAAUUUAUAGAAAUGACUUCGACUUAUUCAAGUAUAAAAUGAAGAAACUUUACUACAAAAGUGUGACCAAUUUCAAAAUAAAUAUUCCAGUAUAA